AUGGAGCCUUCUAGAACUCAGAGUCUACGAUCUCCGGACUCUCCAAAAGCCAGCAUACCUUCCGCCGGUUUUGACUAUGACGAGCAGAACUUCGUCAAUUUCGCCGAAGACACAUCUGCCAACCUGCCGUCGAGGCGCCCUUAUUUGCCUUCCGAACACGCAUCUGCUUCAACAACCGCUGACGAAACUAAUGCCCUGAGAAGCAAAUUCACUGAGCGGUUUGGAUCUGAUCGACCGGUAGGCUCUACGGUAUUUGAGCCACCUGAAGGCGAGAAUGGCGUUUCUGCUCGCAAAUUAAGCAUUGGAUGGAUGACUGAAGGUCGACGAAUUGGAUAUGGGUACACGCUUGUGCCACCAGACAACUCGAGCGACGGGCAUGAGCAAAUCUGUAACGGGCCUGCAUUAUAUGGGGGUUAUGGCUCCAUAAAAAAUAGCCCUAGUUGUUCAUUUGCGGGUAGUGUUAAGGGACGUUUUGAUAGGCAAGGUUCGCCUCUGCGAGGAAAGUCUAGUCGGGGCCCUUCAAAAACAAGCGAGUCGAGCUUCGAUAUAUCAACUAUUCUCCAGAAGUUGAACCUUCCCCGCUGGACUGGCGCGAACUUCACCCUUGGAUCAAGCAAUAACAGUGAUGCAGGGAGUUGUGGUUCCGGUGGCUCUUCUUUGUUUGGGAUUCUCUCAAACAAAAAGAAGGGCCACGAAGAAAUAGAGUCCAAUGUCGAUGCAGAUAACCCUUGGGAAUUCUGUUCUUGGGUUCGUCCGGUGCAGAACUCGGGCGGGCAACAAGCACCUCAGCAGGACAUUGUUCGGUCCCGCGAGCAUACAGAAGCACAGCUGAUAGAGAAAUUAGCGAUACUCCGCCGGAGGGGAGGUACAUGGGCAACCAAACGCAAGGUCUCAGAAAUUGCCCGUAGCCUUGAGAAACGGGCAGACCGCGCAGUCGCAAAAUUUGCGGCAUCAACAGACCACUUUCCUGUUGCGCAGCGAAAGACGACCCGAGUGUUGAGACUCAGGGGCCCCGGAAGCAAGGAACAACCGCGAGGGAUGCAUGUUGGCGGACCUACAUUCUCGGCAAAUCAAAUCGACGGCCUCCACCAGGCCCAGAAACCUCAGUAUCGGCCAUCCGAGCGAACGAGCUCAGGAAAAAGCUCGGGAGACUGGGACAGCCUGUAUGAAGAGUGUCUCGAAGAACACUCGAUCCUUGAAUAA